GCCCUAUUUUUUCCAGCGGCGCUGCUGUUCUUCUCUCUCCCUCCUUUCAGCCCCUCCACAUCUGUCCAACUUUUGCCAUCACCUCGCCAAGGCUUGCAGCCUGGGGGUCAACUAAUGCACCUCAUUGCGCACAUCACAACUGCCAUCAUGCUAACCUGCCUCGGCGCUUUCGCUGCAGCACUCGCAGCCACUGCCUUCGGUGCGCCCACCACCCUCCUGUCCGUCCCUGUCACCCUCCACUGGUCCUCCCUUCUCUCUCUGCUCACCGUGCUGCCCUGUGCACUCCUCUAUGGCUCCCACAGACACCUCUGGCGGACUGUGCUACUGCAAUUCAGCCCAGCGUCAUUGCCAGAGGCGUGUGUGGUGACAUCAGCACAUGGGGCCGUGGUGGGGGCAUGGAUAGGGGCAUGGCCCAUGCCUCUGGACUGGGAAAAGCCAUGGCAGGCUUGGCCUAUCAGCAGCACAUAUGGCAUGCUCCUGGGCUUCUUGAUUGCACAUUGCUUAGCAACAAAACUCUUAUGUUUUGA